AUGCCUGCGCGUCGUUCGCGCCUAAGUUCCGGUGCCGCCAUCUCGACAGAAAACAAGAAAAGAUCACUUCACGAGCCAGAGGAUGAGAUAGUAUCCCCGAGGAGGAACAAACGCGGGAGAUACAGCGCCGAAUAUCGAAAGUCGAAAUCUGCCUCCCCAGUUGAGGCCAACACUCCUAGAAAGUCAACCAAGCAGGGCAGCACAAACAGCAAAGCGAGGAGAACAGCUAAAGAGAUCAUAACUGAGGAACCGUACGUCGAGGAGGACUCCAAGGCAACAUACUAUGAAGUCAAGGUUGAAGUCAACGCAGAGGAAGAAACAAUUACCACGAAGUCUACAACAAAGCGAAAGACGAAAGGAGAAAAAGAAGCAGAAAUGUCGCCUUUAGGCAUAAGAACCAAAGGUCUACAAAUGUUUGUGGGAGCUCAUGUUAGCGCCGCUAAAGGGGUACAAAAUUCGAUUGUCAACAGCGUGCAUAUAGGUGGGAACGCUUUUGCAUUAUUCUUGAAAUCUCAGAGAAAAUGGGACAAUCCGCCAUUGCAAGAUGAACACAAGGAACAAUUCCGAAAAUUCUGUCUUGACCACCAAUAUGACGCAUCCAAAUAUAUUUUACCUCAUGGCUCAUAUCUGGUUAACUUGGCCCAAGAAGAGGAAGCCAAGGCGAAACAGGCCUUCGACUCAUUCCUGGAUGAUCUGCGUAGAUGCGAACAGCUCGGUAUCAAACUCUAUAACUUUCAUCCAGGAGCAGUGGGUCAGAGCACACUAGAAUCGGCUAUUUCACGGCUUGCGAAUGCCUUGACAAAGGCACUUUCCGAGACCGAAACAGUGACUCCAGUACUAGAAACAAUGUGUGGCCACGGAACAACCAUUGGUGGACCGCUUUCUGAACUGGGUGCUGUUAUCUCCCAAAUUCCAGAGAAAUUCCACUCGCGUAUUGGAGUGUGCAUUGAUACGUGCCAUAGCUUCGCCUAUGGCUAUGAUUUGGUAUCCCCAGAAGGAUUUAACUCAUUCAUGCAAGAAUUCGACGACAAGAUCGGAUUGAAAUUCCUCAGAGCGCUCCAUCUUAAUGACUCAAAGGCUCCACAAGGUAGUAAGCGAGAUCUCCACGCAAACAUCGGAACAGGCUUUCUGGGCCUUCGCGCUUUCCACAAUGUUAUGAAUGAAGAGCGCUUUCAGGGACUGCCCAUGAUCCUUGAAACCCCCAUUGAUCGUCCCGGUCCAGAUAUUGGAGGCUCAAACAAAAGCAAGCCUAUCGAGGAUAAAUCUGUAUGGGCUCGCGAAAUUAAAUUGCUUGAAUCUUUAAUUGGUAUGGAUCCAGAAAGUUCCGAAUUUCGUUCUCUAGAAGCCCAGUUGUCCGAUGAGGGACGCGCAGAGAGGCAAAAGCAUCAGGAACAAUAUGAACGAAAACUCGAGACAGAAGCGAAAAAAAAGCAGAAAUCACUUGCCAAGGGUCAGAAAAAUUUGGAUGAUAUGUUCAAAGGGAGAAAGGGUGGUCCUAAGAAGCCUAAAACGACGGACUUGAAUACUUCAGAAUCCAGGCCCGUGGAAUAA